AGAGUAUAUAAAGAAGAUCAACUGCCAUGACUUGAGGAUGGACAGUACUGUUUGAUUCGCUACAAUGAAAGUUCUCGCAGUGAUUGUGCUUCUUUGUGCUGCAGUGCACUCAAUCCCUCUGGAUCCUCCCCGACCACCAGUUGUGCUGAAGCCUGAAAAUGUCCCAUCAAAGGAUCCUGAAUGGGCGCUUGUUCCCGAUGCUGAUGGGACUUUCCAUCUUGUGGAUAUUCAUUCUGUCCCGGUGGAACCUGAAGGAUUUUUCGUUCCAGACGAACAUGUGAUCUUUACCCUCUUCACACGCACAAUUAGCAACCGUGUGAUUGAACUGAAUAAUCCAGAUUCCCUCGUUGGCUCCAGCUUCAACGCCAACCAUCCAACUCGGUUUGUAAUCCACGGCUGGAAUGGUGAUGGAAGCUCCGGGAUUAACAACAACAUCCGCGAACAAUAUCUCCAGAGGGGUGAUUUCAAUGUGAUCAUCGUUGAUUGGGGCUUAGGUGCAAAUUCAAAUUAUGUAACAUCGCGGAAUCGUGUUGAUGGUGUUGGUCAAACCCUGGCACGCUUCAUAGUCUUCUUGAGCCAGCAAACUGGAAUGGAUACGAGCACAGUGACGAUUGUUGGACACAGUUUGGGAGCUCACAUUGCUGGAUUUGCCGGGAAGAAUUCACAUGGAACGGGCAGAAUUGGAGUAAUUGUUGGCCUCGAUGCAGCCUUCCCGCUUUUCUCCCUCGACAGACCAGGUGAACGUCUCCAUGACUCAGAUGCCAACUACGUGGAAUCCAUUCAUACAAAUGCUGGUCUUCUGGGCUUUGAUCAUCCACUCGGUGAUGCUAGCUUCUACCCCAAUUUCGGAAGAAGUCAGCCGGGCUGUGGCAUCGACAUCGCCGGGAAUUGCGCCCAUAGUCGAGCCCAUCAAUUCUUUGCUGAAUCCAUCACCACCACACGCGGUUUCUGGGCUCGCCAGUGCAGGAAUUACAAUGAUAUCGUCAAUGAGAAUUGCCAGGCGGCUGGUGUGGACACCGUAAUGGGUGGUGAACCAUCCAACAAGAAUGCCCGCGGUGUCUUCUGGUUGCGCACCAACAACAACAGCCCCUUUGCUGUGGGUCAAGUCUGAGGGGGGCUCUUCGCGAGGAUCUGGCGGUCCAUGUGGGGCUUUACGCAAUUCCUUGGUCAGGUUCUUGCGAAUGGCCUGAGCCUCUUUGAACGAAUUUGGGAGAGAUUCUUUUGAUCUCGCAAUAGAAAUGUUGCUAAAUAAAAUUGCUACUCAUGCUAAUCCCACGUGGACCAAGAA